CAACGGCGGUAAGAAAUCCAAGGAGGACGAGAAUUUUUCCUCCAUCACUCCUGCGCAAUUGGGGGAGAUGAGGGGAGUCAUUCCUCCUGAUUAUGGCGUCCAGAAAGCCACGGGUACUACUUUGGAGCGCAAUCCUGACACCUCCCGCCGACUGGUCGUCCACUACGACUCGGUGAGGAUGGGAUGCCGCUUCCCUCUCCAUCCCCUCUUGGUCGAACUUUGCAACCGCUACGCCAUACCUCUCGGUCAGAUUUCCUCGAACUCCCACGAGAGUCUUUUUGGCUUCUUGGCGCGGUGUCACAAGAGAGGCAUCCAACCCACUCUGAAGCUCUUCCUCUCUUUCUUCCGUCCCCACAAGUAUGAUGGUGAGUUGGGCCGGGGGUUCGUGAGCUUCACGGCCCGGACCGAUAUGCAAUUUUUGGAUAGCCCGGUCGACAAACUUGACGAUUGGUUCCGCCGCUUCUUCGUGGUGGUAGUUCCCGAAGAUCUUCCCUUCCCCAACGUGUGGCGGAAGAAGGAAGAUAAGUUCCCUUCUCACCUUUUUCCCCCUCGCGACUCCGAGCUCGAGGGGGUCUUCCGUCUUCUUCGCAAGAACGGCCAUCCGGUCCCCCGCGCGCUCCUCCUCAAGGACUCGUAUUUUCGGGGUCUCGGAUUCUGGGUGUCUCCCGAUAUUCCUCCUCAAGAGCCGUCGGGAGACACAACUUCCUCUUGGGUUCCUCCUUUCAGGAGCACUCGACUCCGUCGGCGAUCUUCUCGAGGGGAUCCUUCUCCGGAGGAGGACACCGAGGCCGAAGAAGUAGGGUCCGCGACGGGGGCCCUAUCUCUGGCGCUUGCCGACCAACCUCCCCUUUCGGAAGAGGUGGUGGUUGAGGACGUCUCCGAAGAUGAUGGCCUCUACGACUUCCCUCCGGGGACCCUGAGGGUGUCCGGCCUUAUCCCCGGCGUUCCUCACACUCCUCUCUUUGGCAGGGGAACUUCUUCUUCGGCUCAGCCCAUGGGCCCACUAGGUUUCCACCCCCAAACCAGUGGGCCCCUUCCGACAGGGCGCGCCACUGGUUCGCAAGGGUCCCUUGAGCCGCCUCACGUUCAGGUGGCCAGGAUUGGGAUUCCGUGUAGCACGGAAUCUCCUUGGGAAUAUUCCCCCUCCUCUAGCUGUGGGGGGGACGAAGCAAUUUCCCAGCCCCAAACGUCCAAUAUCCUUAAUUUUGCAAAUUCUGCGGCGGAGAAUAUUUUUGGGACUCCCUUUGGUCAUGGCGACGUUCCUCUCCCCGGAACAAAUAUCCAUCAGUCUUUUUUGGAGACGGAGGAGUUAAUUCGGUCCUCCAGUUUUGGGAAGGCCACUGUCCCAUCCUCCAUCCGUCCCACUGCCAUCCCCGGUCCCUCAAUUCAGGAGACCGGGUCUUCCUCUUCUUCUCAGGUCCGCCACAAGAGGGGCCGGAACUCCACCCCUCUCCCCGGUUCUCUGGUGUCCGCCGGUCCUCCCAUGGGGACCGCCGAUGAUGNGAAGAAGAUGGGUCCCUCAAAACUGCUCCCAAAGGCUGGUCCGUCAUGAUUCUCACUGGGUGAGCUUGGAAAUAGGGAGUUAACCUCUUGACAGUUACCACCACCGCCAAAACACAUUUUUCCAAGGGAGUGUACCUUGUUUCCGGUCCUCUUAAGGCCCUGCUUGUGUAAUAAACUGGCUUUUGGACU